AGCCUGGCGUGCAGACCUGGAAGUCUCGGCAUCACGAUGGGGUUCUCAUUAAGAUACGUAGUACUGAAACUACUGGCUUGUCUGCAAACCAUAGGUGUUCUUUGCUUUAUGCUUAUGCAGACCUUUUUCCUGAAACUCUUGUCAAUUUUCUUCCCUGGUUUAGCAAGGAAAGUUAUUUUAAAACUCGGGGAGAGGGUGACGAUGACCCAGAAUCCAAAAUUCAAAUACGAGGACUGGGGGCCUACAUUUUUUACUCUCGCCUUUGUUAAAACAGCGGGUGAACAUUUAUGGCUGUCUUUCGGACAAGAUGCAUUUGAGGGUUGUGAGGCUCCGGAUACGCCGGUUAUAACCCUGGGUGGUGAAAAGACGAGCAUUCACCGUUUUCUUAAAGGGAGUCGACCACUUGUACUGAGUUUUGGAAGCUGUACCUGACCCCCUUUCCUUUACAAGCUUGACGAGUUCAAGCAACUCGUCAGGGACUUCAGUGAUGUAGCAGAUUUCCUCGUUGUCUAUAUCGCUGAGGCACAUGCAACAGAUGGAUGGUCUUUUGACAACAAUGUUGACAUACAUGCACACAAGAACCUGAAGGAAAGACUGGCUGCAGCUGAAGUUCUGGUCAAGGAAGAUCCCCUGUGCCCAGUUGUCAUGGAUGAAAUGACAGACAUCACGGCCAUCAAAUACGGAGCUCUACCUGAGAGACUCUAUGUCAUUCAGGGAGGAAAAGUGGUGUACAAGGGGGCCAUGGGACCUUGGGGGUACAGUCCUCAGGCUGUGCGAGAAUUUCUGGAGAAGAUGAAGUAGAAGACUGUGGGUAUAAUCGACAUUUGUAUGUUUGAUUACUCCGGUUUCUGUCUUUCUUGUUGAUGGAUCACAUGUAUUCUAAUGUCUCGUCACAAUUUGAAGAGCUCUAGGUUUAUGUAUGAAAGUUGCAGAUCAAACCUUUGGUGUCUGUAAUCAGAUGUUUCAAAACAGAGAGAACUUCAGAAUGGGAUAAAGGCAUUAGUUUACCUCGGGGCACAUGAAGUGGUGUGCCUGCCACUUACUGAUAAUGUCCCAAGAUAAAUACUGCACACUGUUUACUUUUGCUGUUCAUACAGCCUUAUUGAUCCAAGCUUGUUUUUUCAUAUAUUGUCAAAAAUACAUAUUACAUCUUCUCAACGUGAUAAUAUUUUCCAAAGGCUCAGGAAAUGCUGUGAGAUUAAAGGUGUUGCUCACCUGUCCAAAGAUGUUAAUCUGAUGAUGUAUCCGGUUUGUAAACUGCAUUGUAUUGCAUUUUGCUUUGUACUUUUUUUUUGAACAAAAACAACAUAGCUGUUUUUUAUUAACCUCAUGCUAUAGCAAAUAUCUGCAUAACCACUAUUAUUCUCCUCUUUGCAAUGUGGUGAAUUCUAUGACUCAUUUUCUGUUGUAUAUGAGAGCUAUACCAUGACGGUUGUGGUGUAAAUCAUGGGCUCUGUAACCUGAUACUUUAAUAGUCUGUCAUGUACAAGAGAGCAUUAGAGCGUAUAAUUCACUGCAUUCGAAGACUACACUACACCCAUGAAGUCACUGUGUACUUUUGAGCAGCUGGUACUAUGUUAGAGUUCACAUUAUAAUAAAUGCAUGUGUCCAGAGAUUAUUUUACUUCAGUGUAUCAGUCAGACCAAUCUUGAGAUUUUUUUUUUCUUCAAGCGUACAGAUCAAAAUAUAUAUAUUAAGACAAAUAAACGUAAUGUUCCUAAGUCAAAAA